UGGUUCCUAAGACAACCCAUAAAACAUGCAUUUGCAUUUGCGAGGCUUGUUUCGACCACCACAUCCACAGAGAAGUGAGCUGCCGCAGCAGAGCAGAGAGUCUUCAAACAACCGGGACUUCCUGCACAAACAGCAAAAACUAGAACGGAUAUAUGAUGCGUAAUACUUUAUCAAGAAUUUAAACCUUGAGCUGUCUUUUUUUUACCCACAACGACGCUGGGACUGAAUCUAUUUUCUGCACAGAGACCUCUUGAGUUUGUCCCAUCACCCACAAGAUGCAUAUGAAUAGCUUAUUAAAUCAAUGGAUGGAUAUCUCCAGGAUGUGUGAUGUGGAUGUGUCCUCAGAGCCCACCAGCCCCACCCUAUAUGGUGAGUCUUCAGACAAGUACUACCAUGUGGACCGUUGGCAGAAGCUCCGCACCGCCGUCCGCAAACUGGAGUUCUGGGAAAACUUUACUGCUGAGCUAAUCGGAAGCGGCUUUUUCUCCAAAGUCUAUAAGGUGAUGCACAACACCAGUCGGAAGGUGAUGGUGGUCAAGAUCUACAAAAACGAUGUGGACCAAGACAGCAUCGUCCGAGAGAUCAGCCUGCUGCAGAAGCUCUCCCACCCCAACAUCGUCAGAUAUCUGGGAAUCUGUGUCAAAGAAGACAAACUCUAUCCGAUCUUAGAAUAUGUAAAUGGUGGCUGUCUGGAGGAGCUCCUGGCCAGGAAAGAUGUCCCCCUGAGCUGGAGAGAGAAGGUGGACCUGGCCUGUGACAUAAGCAGAGGAAUGAUCUACCUGCACUACAAGAACAUUUACCACAGAGACCUCAACUCAAAGAACUGUCUGAUCCGGGUGACGUCUCGGGGACGCGAGGCCCUGGUGACGGACUUCGGCCUGGCGAGGGAGGUGGUGGAGCUGCCGGUUAAAGAUCCCGGCAGGAAGCUCUCACUAGUGGGCUCAGCCUUUUGGAUGGCCCCUGAGAUGCUCCGAGGGGAGCCGUACGACCGCAAGGUGGAUGUUUUCUCCUUCGGCAUUGUGCUGUGUGAAAUCCUGGCCAGGAUUCCUGCCGACCCAGAGAUACUACCCAGAACACAGGACUACGGGCUGGAUGUGAAAACAUUCAGGGAGUUGGUGAGCGACUGUCCUCAGCGUCUCCUGGAGUUAGCAGCCAGCUGCUGUAUGCUGGAGUCCUUCAGACGGCCGGCGUUCACAGAGCUGCUGGAUGAGUUGGGAGAAGUCGCUGAGACCCUGGAGUUGCCGCCAAAAUCUGAUCUGACCACGAGCUGAGUGGUUCAUCUGAGAAACCUCCACAGAUUCAGCGACAGGACCAGAGGGGUCUGCGAUUACUUGUCACUGUCUGGAACUGGAAACAGGAAACUGGACUGAAUAUAAGCAAAAACACACCUGAUCAGCUGCACAACACAUGACCACGGCGGACCCUGACUUCACUGAGGUGGUGCAGAUAUACAGUAUUAGAUGUGUUUUUUUUAAGUGAGCGGCGGAAACUCUCCUGACCUUCGUGGACAUUUUGCUUUGACACAUUUGUGUACAUGUAAAUAGCAGUAUGACUUCUGUUUUCUUGUCUUCCUUCCUCUGUUUCCUCCUGUUUGUGAGUGGUUUUGUUUUGUAACCGACGAGACGGAUGAUGAAGUCUGUUGAUGUGUUUUCUGCCUCCUCUGUCUGCUCGCCCGUCCCUUUUGAUUCUGCAGGCCUGGACUCUGGUUCGACGCUUCUCCAACAGGAAAUUGCAUUUGUUGACAGAGCAAGAGUCUUCUGCUCUCUACUGGGACUUUAACAAAGAAAUCACCAGACGUUACUUAAUACUACAUGGGACAGAAAAACUGUUUCAGACAACAGACAAACCAUGAACACACACAGCAAAUGCAGGACUAAGGAGAUUAUAAGCUGUUUUCUACUAUAUGUUCAGAAUAGUUGAACCUGAGGCAGAAACCUCAAAUAUGGCAAAAUCAAACCCAAUCAUAUCAUGUCAUAUUUAAUGUUGCAUUAAGCACAGUAAUACUGAAAGCCUCCAACAUAUCAGCUUUACAGGAACAAAGAAAAAAAUCAGUUUUAGGCCAUUAGACUUUACUUAGCAUGACGACUUUCUAUUUUUAGCAGCUGCGACAGUGUGUGGCUGCUUCUGUUUUCAACUUGUGAAAAGCCUCUGGUGUGUGUGUGUGUGCGUGUGUGUGUGUGUGUGUAUGUGUGCGCGUGUCAUCAUGGCAAAAUGUGGUCCUGGAGACGCUUACUGUAGCAGGAGCUAGCACAGAGUAGUGUGGCAGGUGUUUUAGCAUCGCAACUGUACAAGAUACAGUCAUGAAACGUGACAGGUGACGAUGUGGUCCAAUGAACCCAUGAGAUCUGAGUAGUCGUGUAAUAAUUUAGUAAUAACUACUGAGUACCUAGUUUUUCUCAACAAAAACAUACCUUUCUCAACAAUAAAAUCACAAAACGCGUCCAUUUCCAAUAAUCAAAUGCACAAUUUAACGUCCUAAUCUUUUUUUCCUUUGACAUAGUUUGUUGUUAUUGUUGUUUAUAAGGCUACUUUGAGCUGAACAUGUGUGUGUAAAUAUUUAAGAUUUUCUCUUUUGCUUUCUCUUUUUUUUUUUAUUAAUUCUGCCACCUUUUAGUGAUUGGAAGUGUCCAGAUUCUUUUCAGUUUACCACUUUUGACUACUUUCUGGUUUGUGUGUUGUUAGUGAUUUUUUCAGGCAGCUACAAACAAAAUGAAUUCAUAAAAAGCCACUUUUAUUUUCUGCCCGAUUAACUUUCUUCUGCCUUUUUAAAUGGAAAUAUGUCAGCUGGUUUUCAGACUUCAGAGUUACAGGUUUAGUUUUCUUGCACAUACACACACACACACACACACGUGAUAAAAGAGUGGAAAAAUAUAAAAGAGAAUAAUGAAAUACAGGUAAAACGCACAAAAACCCAAGCAGACUUUUAAAUAUAGAAAUAAUAAUGAGUUGGAUAACAGACUCACCAAGGAGAAGAAUGUCUGAAGAGGAGAAAAAUAAAAAUAAUCUAGAACUUUAUUUCCCAUUUAGACAUUUACACAGGCAGUUUUCUCCAUUCUCCAGGUGAAUUCUCAUUCAGACUUUUCAUAUCACACCGUGGAAAACUAAUGUAACCAUUUUCAUUUAUUCUACUUAAAUAAAAUUUGUAUUGUAAAGAAAGUGUCAGUCCCUUUUCAUAUAGAUACCCGUGUGUGUAACUUACUUUUUUAUACAUAUUAUGUAUAUUUUACAUUCACUGACACCAACAAUAAAAACUGUUUAUAAAUGCUCAUAAAAUGUGUUAUUUGCUGGGAUAAUUCCAUGUUAGUUUUUUGUAAUUAAAUGACUGAUGUACAACUCAUCUUACAGGGAUUUGUUCAAUUAUUUUUCAGUUUCUCAGUUUAUUGAUGUAAUGCUUCUGUAUGGGCCAAACAGACAGUGGGAGAAUAUGUAAUCUAAUCCUGACGUGUUAUAAGUUUGGAUAUUGUUGCCUGAUGGUACGAUAAUCACUGGACCAUAGAGCCUCUAGCUGAUGUGCACAUUAAAACAGGAUAGAUGGAUGAAUGGAUGGAUGAUUUUCUAUACAACAAAUAAAGUCAAUGCAUUGCCAUGCAUACCACAACAAAUAAUAAAGAAAGUGUGAAUA